AUGGAAGUAUCAUCAUCAACAUCGGAGGUUAUAGUGGAAGAAUGGAGUGGCUCAUCUUCCACCAAACUCUCCAGAACUGCCACCAUAACCGCGUUUCCUUCACUCUCUAUCCAAAGAUCCGGUAGCCGGUUCCACCAUGUUUGGCGGCGAAUUCUUGAAGCAUUUGUACCCGAGGGCUUUCCCAGCAGUGUAACUCCGGAUUAUGCCCCUUUUCAAGUCUGGGAUUUACUCCAGGGUCUUUCUACUUACAUAAGGACCAUGCUUUCUACACAAGCUCUACUGAGUGCUAUUGGGGUCGGUGAGAAAUCGGCUACUGUAAUUGGUGCCACCUUUCAGUGGUUCUUGAGAGACCUAUCUGGAAUGCUGGGAGGUAUCUUAUUCACAUUCUAUCAGGGCUCAAAUUUGGAUAGCAAUGCCAAAAUGUGGCGCUUAGUUGCAGACCUUAUGAAUGAUCUUGGAAUGUUGAUGGACCUUGUUUCACCUUUGUUUCCAUCAGCUUUUGUGUUUGUUGUUUGUUUAGGAAGCAUAUCAAGAUCAUUCACUGGUGUUGCAAGUGGAGCUACUAGAGCUGCUUUGACACAACAUUUUGCUCUUCAGAGUAAUGCUGCAGAUAUAUCUGCUAAGGAGGGAAGUCAAGAGACAGUGGCAACGAUGGUUGGUAUGGCGCUGGGUAUGCUUCUUGCUCACAUUACUAUGGGACACCCACUAGCUAUUUGGGUUUCAUUUUUGUCGCUCACCAUGUUCCAUAUGUAUGCAAAUUACAUGGCUGUUCGGUGCCUUGCAUUAAAUUCUUUGAACCCUGAGAGGUGCUCAAUUCUUUUGCAGCAUUUUAUGAGAACUGGCCAAGUUCUCUCCCCCGAGCAGGUCUCUAAGAUGGAGCACAUUUUGCCUGUAUGGGCAUCUUCAUGGAGCUCAAAGAAAACAGAGUUUAUACACGUGAGAGUAUCUUUAGGUGUCAGAGUAUCCUCACUAAAUCACCUGGAACUGAGGGACUUAUUACAUUUUGCGGGAUCUCAUUAUAAGAAAGCCAAGUACUUGCUAAUGGAGAGGAAAGGAAACAUCUGCAUUGUUAUGCACAAAGAUUCCACUGCCACAGAUGUCUUGCAGUCAUUUUUACAUGCAAAUGCUAUGGCAAAUCUUAUAGAUAAACACCGAAUUCUACAUUCUGAAAGCCAAACAUGGAUGGAUAAACACUAUGAAGAAUUUAUCCAGAAGUUAAAGGUAUCGGGUUGGAAAACAGAACGCCUUUUAUCACCUACAAUCGUCUGGAAGGCAAAUUGGAUCUGUGGGUCUUCAGAUGAGAAGAUUGACUAG